GAAGACUCAUGAGGUUUCCAUGACGGCUCUUCGUCUUGUUCAAAGGAUGAAGAGGGACUGGAUGCACACUGGCCGCCGACCUUCUGGACUCUGUGGAGCAGCCCUCCUGGUCGCAGCACGGAUGCACAAGUUUCGUCGAUCAGUAAAGGAUGUAAUCAGUGUGGUGAAGGUCUGCCAGACAACUCUGAGGAAGAGGUUAACAGAGUUUGAGGACACGCCCACCAGUCAACUGACUAUCGAUGAAUUCAUGAGAGUGGAUCUGGAGCAGGAGUGUGACCCUCCAUCGUUCACUGCUGGACAGCACAAAGUCAAGAUGCAGCAGCUGGAGCAGGAGCUUGCUAGGAAACUCGAUGAAGUCGAAGGAGAAAUCAGCUGCUUCAAAGAUGAGAUAGAAACGGAGCUGGAGAGGAGUCGCCCCAAACUCAGAGGAAUCUACGCCACCUACACCAAAGAGAUGGCCCCAGAGGAGGAAGAGGUCCUGUCCCCCACAUCUGAUCCAGACGAGACAGAGAAAACUGAGCUGCAGGCCGCCUCCCAGCACCUGACCCAGGACUUCCUGUGCCAGGUGAUUCAGGAAGAGGGACGGGGCAAGAUAGCUGAUGAAGGUUUCUGCGAACAAGAGGCGGAGCCAGAAAAGAUGGAGACACACGCCCAGGUCACCCCUCUGUCGGUCAUUCUGGGAAAACUGCCUAGUGCUGCCAGGCUGGGCCUUCAGGAGAGCUUUCACACCUUGGACGGGUCAGAACCAGUACAUCCUGAAUGAAAAGGAGGUUCAAGUGAAGACGGAGCUGUGGAUGAAACAGAACGCAGAGUACCUGAAGGAGCAGAAAGAGAAGGAGGAAAGGAUAAACAAGGAGAAGGAGCAGGGCACCUACAAGGAGAAGAAGAAGAAAUACAAGAAGCGUGAGCAGAUUGAGGCGUCAACGGCGGGCGAGGCCAUCGAGAAGAUGUUAGAGAAAAAGAAGAUCUCCAGUAAGAUCAACUACGACGUUCUCAGAGACCUGAACGGAGUGACAGGAAGUCCCAGCACGGCGACCUCUGACCUGCCAGAGGGCACUGCCACCCGGAAACGACUCAGCCGCCGCCGCAAGAAAAGCAGCGAGGUCAAUCCUGACCUUGGUGUUAAUGCUUCCAUCAUGGGGAAGAGGUUCCGCCGUCUCAUUUCCUCCACACCAAAGAAGAAGAAAGCACCUCCCCAGGUGAAAACCACCAUCACCAUGGAGAUGAAUACGACAGAAGCUGCAGCAUCACCAACUCCUGAUGCUGUCCCAGAUACAGGCUCCGCCUCCCCAGCUGCUCCACCCCCUGCUGAGGAAGAGGAAGAGGUGGAGGAAGAGUGUGUGAGUGCUCUGCGGCUUGUAGGAGAUUACGGUUGUGAGGAGGAGGAAGUGUUUUAGCUCCACCCCCUGACCUUUGAACCCUGUGAAUAAACUCCACCCAGGCUGAAGAUCCAAUCCAGGCGAUCAAUUUCAGAUCAAUAAUUGAAUCAAUGACCAAGUUUCAGGACACGUCAGUGUUUUUACUGAUCACUGAUAGAGGAACUGAUCAGAGUUCCUCAUGUUGGAUGAUAUUUGUGUGUGUGCGUGCAUGCGUGAGUGUGUGUAAAACUUAAUAUGAACGUACAGAAGCCCAGCAGGUUCAAAACCAGAUGAAGUCCUUUAGUUGUGCUGGGCGUCCAGAGUCCUGAUCAGUUUGUUACUGACCAAACAGCCGAGCCAGAGAGUGUGUGUUCACGUGCACGAGUGUUUGUUUCUUCUCUUCUUUGUUGU